UUCCAGAAAAAAAAAAAAAAAAUUCUUAUUAUCAUCAGGUCCAAUAAAUCAGCUCUCUGACACGCGAACACAGUUUUUGAAAAAUCCCUUCUUCUUUCUUCUUCUUCUUCUUCAUUUAUUUCUUUAUAGUUAUAAUUAUAUACUUAAUUUUUAAAAAUUUCCAUUUUCUUAUAGUAGUUGUUCUUUUAUCUUCUUCAAUUCCAAUCUUGAAAAAGCUUGUAGCUUUUUACAUUUCUCUGUUUCAUAGAUCAAAAAAGAACUUGAGAUUCUUGCUUUUAACUUAUUUAGCUUCUACGGAAUCAAGAGAAGUGUUCAUAUAUCAGAACCCAAGAAUAUUGCUCUCUGUUGAAUCAAGAUAAGCAAUCACCAUGGAUAAAAAGAACUGGAAAUUCAGUAGAUUUGGAGUUCUAUUACUGUUUUUCCUUUACCAUAACUUGAUCGUUUGUUGCUCUCUCAGUGAAGAAGGUUUAGCUUUGCUGAAGUUUAAAGAGAGAAUAGAGAGUGACCCAUUUGGUUCCUUGACGAACUGGAAGGAUGAUGGUGGUGGAGUUAUUGAUCAUUGUUCUUGGUUUGGAGUUGAGUGCUCUGAUGGAAAAGUUGUAAUUUUAAACUUGAAAGAUCUUUGUCUCAGAGGAACAUUAUCACCUGAACUAAGAAAGCUUGUCCGCAUAAAAUCUAUAAUUUUGCGCAACAAUUCUUUUACCGGCAUGGUUCCUGAGGGGAUUGGAGAAUUGAAGGAGUUGGAGGUGCUAGAUCUCGGAUACAAUAACUUCUACGGCCCGCUUCCACCUGAUCUUGGCAAUAAUCUCUCUCUAAGUAUCCUUCUCCUGGACAACAACAGGCUUCUGGUCAGCUUAUCACCUGAAAUUCAUCAACUUAAAGUGCUUUCUGAAUUUCAAGUAGAUGAAAACGAUCUAUCGGGUGCAGCAAAAGGAUCAUCUUGCAAUAAAAGAUCUGUUGCAUGGAAUGUUGUGCAAACUAAAAAUGCAAUUAAUAGACAACUGCUGCAACAAGCGAGUCCUCAAAACAAGGAAUCACCAUAUUCACGAGAUCGUUUGAUAGCACCUCCUCCUGAAAUUGUACAACCAGCAUCUGUGCCUUCACCUUCAAAUCCAACUGUAAAUAUUUCUCUUCCAUCACCUCCUAAUGGGAGCAGUGCACUUGCUCCAAAUGAUUCCACUUCAAAUCCUCUUUUCCCUCCAACCCCAUCGCCUCAAAAUAGUCCUAGAAAAAAUCCCUCUUCAGGUAAGGCUGGAAUAAUUGCCGGAGCCAUAGGAGGCAGUCUACUUCUUGUCAUUGCCAUUGCUAGCAUCUAUUUCUGUAAAAUUAACAAGGCUACUGUCAAACCUUGGGCAACAGGAUUGAGUGGACAGCUUCAGAAAGCAUUUAUAAAUGGAGUACCAAAGCUUAAGAGAUCUGAGCUUGAAGCAGGCUGUGAAGAUUUUAGUAAUGUAAUUGGUUCUUCACCAAUUGGUACAGUAUAUAAGGGAACAUUGUCCAGCGGAGUAGAAAUAGCUGUGGUCUCUUUUGCAGUGACAUCUUCCAAGGAUUGGUCCAAGAAUUUAGAAGUUCAGUUUAGGAAUAAGAUUGAGACAUUAUCAAAAGUUAACCACAAGAAUUUUAUCAACCUUCUUGGAUACUGUGAGGAGGAGGAGCCUUUCACAAGAAUGCUGGUUUUUGAAUACGCUCCAAAUGGGACACUGUUUGAGCAUUUACACAUUAAAGAAUCUGAGCACCUGGACUGGGCAAUGCGGCUGAGAAUUGCAAUGGGCAUGGCUUACUGUUUGGAGCAUAUGCACCAGCUGAACCCUCCGAUAACUCACAACAAUCUGAACUCUUCAGCUGUCUCUCUCACUGAAGACUAUGCAGCAAAAAUUUCAGAUAUCAGUUUUUCUAAUGUGAUAACUGCAACUGACAUGGAAGGAUCAAGCAAGUUCUUAGAUACUCCAACAGCACAUCCCGAAAGUAAUGUUUAUAGUUACGGUGUGCUAUUAUUCGAGAUGAUAACAGGUAGACUACCUUAUUCGGUGGACAAUGAUUCACUUGAAGACUGGGCAUCAGACUAUUUGAGAGGGAAUCAACCCCAUAAAGACAUGGUUGAUCCUACUCUGGACUCGUUCGAAGAGGAGAAGCUGGAGAGAAUUAGUGAAGUGAUAAAAUCUUGUGUGCACCCAGACCCAAAACAAAGACCAUCAAUGGGAGAAGUCACUGCAAGGUUAAGAGAGGUAACAGGACUAGUACCUGAUGCAGCAAUCCCAAAACUCUCUCCUCUUUGGUGGGCAGAACUUGAAAUUUUGUCACCGGAUGUUAGCUAAAUGUAAGGACCAACCUGCCAAGUAAUAUGAUGACAGCUAGAAUUUGAAGACAAGAUUGUUAAAUAUGAACUCAUCUUCGCAAUCGUUAGAGGCACAAAAAAAGCUGUUGCCUGUAAGUUUAUAUACUUGUAUAUCUAUCAUAGCCAAGGGAGAGUUGCUUGUAUAUAACUGAGAAAGAAAGGACAUCUGGUAAAUCCUUUCCAUUCUUUCUUUUUUUCAAUAAUUGUAUUUUCCUGUUUGGAAUUUGAGUGUGAAAUGCACCACAAAAGCACAUCUAUAAUAUCAUGUUUUUUUUUUCUUUGAGGAGAA